CUACUUUUACCUUUGCACAUGCACGACUAUCGCAUAUUCACAUUCAGCACGCCCACGUACUGCGAGCGGUGCAGGGGGUUCCUGUGGGGAGUGGCCAAGCAGGGGGUGCGGUGCGUCAAGUGCCAAAAGGCGCUGCAUAAGCGCUGCGCGGUGGCCGACAAAACACAGUGUACUGGUGACCGGGGUCUGGCGCUACUGCUGGACAGCGCAUUCUGGGAGCAGGUGAAGGAGGAGCAGAAACUGAAUGCGUUUGUGUCGACGCAGGCCGAGCAGCCGCUGUCGCUGUUCCAGACGCUGCCAGCAAACUUUAUGCAGUUCACAGCCAAACUGGCGGCAAUAGGGCUUGUGGAGCGCGGGCUGCGCGACAUACUGUUCUGGAAGCGGCCGCGCGCAUCUCUGGCAGCGAUGUGCAUGUACUCGAUGGUGUGCUUGCGGCCGGGCCUGCUGUUCAUUAUGCCCACGAUGAUGAUGAUCGGGUACAUUGUGUUCAAUUACUACAAUUCGGGCUAUGCUGAAAGCACAGUAGCCAGCUGCAGGAGCUCGCCGGUGCCGUCGAGCGAAUCGUCGCAGACCAGCCUGGCGGGGAGUCCGUCGCAGGCGUCGUCCUCGGCGCUGUCGCUGAGUGAGGCCGGGGUGCGGAGUCGUGGGCGAGAGAAGCGCAGCAAGCGGCAGGCAACUGACCCCUACCCGGCAAUCAGCCGGAGCCCAACAGCGCCUGAAGAUGGCGGAGGUCUCGUGAGCGGCCAGGCGGGCAAGCGACUUGCCAGGGCACGGGGCGGCGCAUCCGAGACGACGCUGAGUGGCAGCGGCAGCCGCUACGUAGAUCUGGCAGCAGUGUUUGGGCAAGCCAGCUUUGGCAGCGCCAAAUAUACGGAGAAUGUCCACACGACGCAGAAUCUGACAGGCACAUUUGUCGGUGUGUUUGACUGGGUGGCAGCACACAACUGCUUGGUAGACUGGUCGCAGCCAGAGUCGGCACGCCGGGUCCUGGGCGCUUGUGUAGCAGCACAGAUGGUGGUCAUGGUCACUGUGUACUGGGUGCCGUGGUACCUGCUGUUUCUGGCGGGCGGCAAUGCUGGGCUGCUGGCUAUGUCGCCGCAUGCCAGGGCGUUUGUCAAGAUCUACGGCGUGGAGAUGACGCUGCUAGCACAUGAGCGCAUGGCAGUGCACGCAUGGCGGUGGAGGCGCGCUGCCGGGGGGUGGCCGCUUGUUGGGCGGCUGGUACAAAAGUGCGCGGCUGGCACAGCUACGUCUGUGUUUACAUCGCCACUGCUGCUGGCAGAGGAGGACGAGCCGGGCAGCUCAAAACAGAAGCCGCUGAAUGACGGGUACACAACACCGCCCUUGUUGUCGCUUGCCAGCACGGCAGCCUCUGGAUCCUCCGUGCUGUCUACGCGACGCACCAAGCUGGCCAGCGUGUUUGAGAACCAGCGCUGGUGGAUGGGGUUCGGCUGGAUCCCGCGCCUGGGCAGCAACGAACGGGCCAAGUGGAGCGACGAGUCGGGCAAGAAGCGGCUCACAUCGCUCAGCGCCUUCCUGCCGGAUCCUGGCUACGAAUGGGCCAGCGGCGAGAAGGGCUGGGAGAUUGACAUGGGCUGGGCGCUGCCUGUCAAGACCGACGAGGAGGGGUGGGUCUACACGGACAACUUUUGGAAGCGGCCCUCUGCCAGCUCGUCGAAGGUGCAGUCGUACACACGGCGGAGGCGGUGGGUCAGGCCGAUGCGGCCAGCGAUAGUCGAUCCAGAUACUCCAGGAAAUCCCCGGUAA